GCUCAUGUCGCAUUGUUUUCCUCGAGAUACUUUGAAACAUUUGCUGAAACGGAAACAUUUUGAAAUCAAACGUGUACGAGCGCGUCUGGUGUGUCCGAAGAGCACGUGUUGUCUUCCUUUCCAAUUUGUUCUAGUUGUUUCCGCAAAAAAUUGCGAGAAUUAAACAUGACUGAGGGAUUUCUGGACAUUUUCACCUUUCACGAUAAAACUCUGGCUGUGAGAUUGGAUGAGUUCAAGAAUAUAUUGUCCAAAGAAGGGAGAGUAGUGCCUGCCUCGCGAAUUCGCGAGGAAUGGGUCUGCGACGUCGAGUUGGUUAUAGAACCGGUCGGUUGGCAGGCGCUUUGGAAGAUCUCACCAAUGACAUGUGAAUCCUUCAAUAUUCAUUACCCUACGAUAGUUCUCGUCGAAGCGAUAGGAAUGGACAUUCCCGCAUUAACCGCGACGGUGAAGAUCCUUGCCGUUCAGGAUGACAUCCAUCUUCCUGAGGCGCACGAGGUACCAUUGAUCGAAUUGUAUCCCACCAUUUCACAAACAAACACGAAGUUGGAUAUAGUCGGCACGGCACACUGCAUAGAUCGAUUACGAUUUUUCUAUAAUUAUCUAUGGAUGCCAUGGGACGAGGAGGAAGACGAUAACACCGAUUGGGUGGAACAGCACUUGGAGCAGAGAAUCAGAUUGUUUUACGACAUGAACAACGAAAUUAUUAAUAAAGAAACAUGCGAUAUUAUCAAGUCGCUUAUCAGAGAGGGAAGAGAAAUACAGGAAAAGAUAGCGAAAACGGAGAUGAAUCUGCCGGACGACUUGCAGUACGGUGUCAAAGUGCCCGAAUCCAUAGAGGAUCAGACGUGCGAGUUGGUGCACUAUCACUUUCGGCUUCAGCAAAUCAAAUCUGAAAUGGAUCUGUUGGAAAACCCUUCGUUGAGAGGGUUGAUUAAAAAAAAACAAACGUCUAAGAGAAAACAAACUUUUAAAGAUAAAAAAAGUAUUUAUUAUUUUGUAUGGCAAGGCGGCACAAAGAAGGAAUUUAUAGAACAUAAUAAUAGAAUUCAGAGACUUGUACCUGAUAACGCGACUAUUAGGAUUUGUGAAUAUCUUUCUGAUACUUUAGAUCUAUUAGAGGCAGGUGAGAUUAUUUUAUUAGGCGAAGGACAACAGUCAAUCAAGCGUUCCAGUGGAGUGGAAGAAAAAAGUAUGAUUAUAGGACUUGGCGAUCCAGACAAGACUGUUCUUUUUCCAACCGACUCCAAUAUCUCGUUCUCAGCCUUGUUUGAUAUUUCUAACACUGAGAUCUUCUUGGAAAACAUCUGCAUCGAGCUGGGAGCGCUUAAAGCAGGUUUGGUCGUCAGAAAGAACUGCGUAUUGUUUGUAACUAAUUGUAAGAUACGCGUAACCAAUGCCAAUCUGAGUAGCGUUAAAUGGGGCGCGGUUGUCAAUCCUGGUGCAAAGAUAGUAUUUAAAAAUACAACAUUUCAAGGAUUAGGAACGGCAGUAAUUGUUUAUGCAACUGGCAAAGUUAACAUGAACAACUGUUACUUCGAGAACUGUAAGGAGGGUAUACGGAUAAACGAAAACGCUCAUCUUACUGUAAACAAGUGCUCGUUCGGCGAUAUCGAAAACAAGCAAGCUAUAAUAAUGGAAAGUGAAAGUGCAACGAGUUUAGAGGUCGUAGAAGUAAAUAAUUCACUUGUUAAAGACAUCCAUGUAAGUGAAUGUAAAUUUAACAGUAAUGACAAAAUGCGUGUCACCGUAAAACCGAAGAAAGUGUUCACGGACCACAUGUCCACGAGUCCAAUACACUUCACGGGAAUCUCGAACGAUCAAACCAUGAUGGAAUAAAAAAAAAAAACACGUGGCAGUGUCUUAUAAAAUUCUUGUGAUACGCACAAGCGCAUGAUAUAUUUUUAGCAGAUAGAUCGUACGC